GAGGUGGAGGAGGAGAGAGGAGUGAAAGAGGAGGUGGAGGAGGAGAGAGGAGUGAAAGAGGAGGUAGAGGAGGAGAGAGGAGUGAAAGAGGAGGUGGAGGAGGAGAGAGGAGUAAAAGAGGAGGUUAAGGAGGAGAGAGCAGUGAAAAAAGAAGAGGAGAACAGGGAUGUGUCUGCUCCAGAUCUAGAGGAAGAGGAGGAAGAAGUAGAUAGUAUCAGUGACCCAGGUAAGUUCAGGUGUGGAGUACGGAGAGAGAUUGGUGCCUUGGAUCUAGAGGAAGAAGUAGAUAGUAUCAGUGACCCAGGUAAGUUCAGGUGUGGAGUACGGAGAGAGGUUGGUGCCUUGGAUCUAGAGGAAGAAGUAGAUAGUAUCAGUGACCCAGGUAAGUUCAGGUGUGGAGUACGGAGAGAGGUUGGUGCCUUGGAUCUAGAGGAAGAAGUAGAUAGUAUCAGUGACCCAGGUAAGUUCAGGUGUGGAGUACGGAGAGAGGUUGGUGCCUUGGAUCUAGAGGAAGAAGUAGAUAGUAUCAGUGACCCAGGUAAGUUCAGGUGUGGAGUACGGAGAGAGGUUGGUGCCUUGGAUCUAGAGGAAGAAGUAGAUAGUAUCAGUGACCCAGGUAAGUUCAGGUGUGGAAUACGGAGAGAGGUUGGUGCCUUGGAUCUAGAGGAAGAAGUAGAUAGUAUCAGUGACCCAGGUAAGUUCAGGUGUGGAGUACGGAGAGAGGUUGGAGCCUUGGUGACCACAGGGGAUUCUAAAACUCUUAUUGUGUUUCUGCUUCAAUCAACAAGUAUUUUAAAGCCCCCUUAGAUGCUCUGUUCCUGAUUCUAACACAAUAUCUGUUAAUAUUCCCACAGGAGAGAACUCCAACCCAGGUUCAGACAGUGAGCCCAGUUCCACAGCAUCAGGAAACCAUAAACAACACAGGCAGAGGAACUCAAGACAGAAACAUCAUCACUGCAUGGACUGCUUCACUAGUUUCUAUGAGCCAGAGGAGUUGAGAAGACACACU